CACAACCUACAGCUGGUUAUUUUUUGCCGGCAACGAUUCGACGGUUGAUUCGAACCACGUUCUUUGGAAGCUCAAAUCGAUUCAAAUGAAUUCGGAUGUCUCCGUUGCUGACCCCUUGGCUGGAUUCAACGGAACCGCAAUUGAAAUCGCCGAUGUGUAUGCGCCGGGACGACACCUUUGCAAGGACAUUUUUCGAAAAUCUUACGGAAAAUGGAUCAUUGGAAGGGGGAUGAUGUUCGAGUCGGACUAUCGACCUUACUACGAUCGUGGGAAUUUUAAUGGCCUACAACUGCGAGGAGUGACUGUGAUUGAUAAGGAUAAUGUAACUUCAAACGAUGUCGAUCGCAUAUUGUCUGUGCCUGGUGCCGAACAAGGAGUAGUUAGUUUUAUAAAGUAUCACUACGCUUUGCUGGUCAUCCUACAAGACUACCAUAACUUCAAGAUAAAAUUCCGAGUAACCCGUGGCUGGGCUGGUCGUCUCAAGUCGGGAUAUCGCCUUGGUUUGAUAGGAGUUCUUGCCAGGAACGAAGCUGAUUUAGCAACAACUGGAAUUUUCAUGCGAACGAAUCGACAUGCUGAAUUCGAUAUGAUUCAUCAGAGCUGGGAGUUUUCGGCAGGCUUUAUAUACCGAAUGUCUUCAAUUCUUAGUGAAGCAUCAAACCAAGGAAAUUUUUUUACUCCGUUUGAUCCAUCUGUUUGGAUAUCCUUAGCGUUUACAUUGGUGAUUUUUCUUGUAAUUAUGAAAGUAUCAGCAGUUUUCAUUAGCAAACAUUCGUUCAACGAACCAAACGUGCCAAUUGCAUCCUAUUUUGUCGACAUAAUGGGUACGAUGUCCCAGCAAGGAAUCGCAGCGGCUGUAUCACCUCGAAUGACCAUUCGGAUCAUACUAUUUUCACUGCUAAGCAUGAGCGUAAUUCUGUACAAUUACUACACAUCAACUGUAGUCAGUGGAUUGCUCAGUUCGCCUGGAAAAGGUCCUCAAACAAUUCGAGAGGUGAUUGAUAGUCCACUAACGCUGGCCUUUCUUAAUAUCGGCUAUCAUCGAGUUCUGUUUCGAGAAUCCAAAUCACCACUCAUCCGUGAGUUAUACGAGAAAAAGGUACUACCUCCCCGCCGUAAUAACUCUAUCCCGGUGUUCAUUAGCAUCCGGUCGGUCGUUCCGUUCCUACAGAAGGGUGGUUACGCAUUUCACUGUCGAUGGUUUAUUCAAUGAUCUAAAACUGCUCAGUUUUAUGCUCCCGAAGCAGAGUAUGUACACGGAGAUGUUUAAAAUCACUUUCAUGCGGAUUACAGAAAACGGCAUAAUCAAAAGAACGCUGAAAAUUCAUCAACA